GGAAAGAGAAAAAAACCCUAAAAACAAUAUAUCCCCUUCCUUUCUCCCUCGAAACGCCAACCCUCUCUACUCUGCCGUCGUGCUGCCGCCACCACCACCACAACUACCGCCGCCGACGCCACCACCACCUGCUUCUCCACAAACCUUCACCGUGCAGAAAUGGCAGGUGAGAGACGGGUGUUGACGCUAGGCGGAAAAGGAUUUUCACUCUCUUCAGCUUCUGUGUUUGAGUUCUCUACCGCUUCUCCUCCUCCGCUCCUCAAAAUUGAUCCUUCUGCUCUUGCUAGGCUAUCUUCAUCUUCGUCCGGUCGUAAACCGGACCAACAAUCAUCUCCGGUCAUGCUACAACUAUCAGUGCCGGAUUUUCUCACCGCUGAGGAAGCGAGAGCGUCUAUUCUUCUGCUUCUGUACAAGCUAUUGCUUGGUGGAUCUUCGUCUUCCACUGCUGCUUCUCAGCUGUUGGAUAUAUUGAACAAUGGUUCUCAAACGUUAACGAUUGACCUUGAUGUUGACCGGAAAGAGGACGCUGAUCUGUUAAAACAAUGCUGGCCGGAUACUACUCUUCAUGCCAUAUGCGCCCUUUUAGACUACACCGCCACGUCAUUGGCCACAGUUUCCGAUGCGGUUGCAGCGUUGUCUUGUGAAGCUUUAAAAGCCGACACUUCCACAUUUAAUCUGUUUACGGACUCUGGUGAUGGUUUUUCUGACAAAGAUAGAGCUUCAGUUGCAAACGAUUUCAAGGUCUUGCUUAACGGUUCCAAAAUGAAAAGCGAUCUGCAGUCUGAACAAGUUUUCGACAUUCCCAGAAUUCACGGUCGUUUGAGAUCUGUUAGCAAAUCAGUCCACUCUUCAACUCAAAUCGAACUGAAUUCUACCCCGUUAGUACAGGGAACCGCCAGCAAAAACUUAGCCUCGUUAUUCUCGUCACUUGCGUUAUCUCUUCAGGAUCUUGGCGAAAGUAGUUGGCUUAGAGCGAAAAAUAUUCUUGAAGGUUUAGCGAAAGAGAACAAGUAUCCUAAUCUGGUUGAGGAUUUUAGUACCGGAUGUCCUAACAUUGAUCGGUUGAAUUCAUCCGUUACGUCUUUUGUAACAUUAAAGCUUGAAAAAAGCUACGUAAAGUCCUUGCAUGAAGUUUAUAGUUUAUCCGAGGCUGUGAGAAAGAUCCUUUCAUGGGAAGCAACGGUUUCUUUCAUUUCACUUGACGGGAUUGAAUUGAUACAAGUGCAAAAUGGUACUACUGAUGGAGUAAGUGCGGCGACACCAGAGAAGAAAAAGGAUAAGAAAAAGAAGGUUAUGGGAAAAGGCACAACCGUGUUGAUGCAGUCGUUUGCGACCAAUAUCGUAAUCGAUAGUUCGUCUCUCACACAGAAAGUGUCACAGGGGUUUCUUUCUUUAUUCGACAUGAAAUCCUUGGGAUUUGAACCUCUAGUACAGAAAGUCAAAGAAGUUGUUGAAAGCAACGAGAGCAGACGGCUUCCCAAGAUUCCCAAGGGGACUCGUGAUUUUGCAAAAGAACAGAUGGCUAUACGAGAAAAAGCAUUUUCAAUCAUUGCCAAUGUUUUUAAGCGGCAUGGUGCUAUGGCACUCGACACCCCUGUAUUCGAAUUGAGAGAAACGUUAACAGGAAAAUAUGGGGAAGAUUCGAAGUUGAUUUAUGAUCUGGCUGAUCAGGGUGGCGAGCUUUGUUCCCUGCGGUAUGAUUUAACAGUUCCGUUUGCUCGAUAUGUUGCUAUGAAUGGUAUCACAUCGUUCAGACGGUACCAGAUUGCAAAAGUGUAUAGAAGGGACAACCCAUCUAAAGGAAGAUACCGUGAAUUUUAUCAAUGUGAUUUUGACAUUGCUGGUGAUGAAACCACAGGCGCGGACUUUGAGGUGGUUAAAAUUUUGACUGAAUUGCUUGACGAGUUAAACAUCGGUGCUUAUGAGAUAAAGCUGAACCAUCGAAAGUUACUGGAUGGAAUGUUGGAUAUAUGUGGCGUGCCAGCUGGCAAAUUUCGAACCGUCUGUUCAAGCAUAGACAAACUAGACAAGCAAUCAUUUGAGCAAAUUAGAAACGAAUUGAUUGUAGAGAAGGGGUUAGAUGCCGAAACCGUGGAGAAAAUUGGUUCAUACGUGACACAAAGGGACCACCCUUUGAAAUUAUUAGCAAAACUUAAAGAAGACGGAAGUGAAUUUCUGAAAAACGAUUCAUCAAAGCAAGCGUUGAAUGAGUUAGAGAAGUUAUUCCAAGCGCUGGACAAUGCAAGAUGCGUUGACAAAGUCGUUUUCGAUUUGAGUUUGGCAAGAGGCCUUGAUUAUUACACUGGUGUCAUAUACGAAGCCGUUUUCAAAGGGACUACACAGGUUGGUUCAAUUGCUGCGGGUGGACGUUAUGACAAGCUUAUAGGCAUGUUUACUAAAAAAGACGUUGCUGCAAUCGGUGUCAGUCUGGGAAUAGAACGUGUAUUCGCAAUAAUGGAAGGAAACCAAAAAGAAGGGAAUCAGGUUGUUCGAGCCAGCGAGACACAAGUGUUAGUGAGCAUCCUAGGGGAUGACUUGUCAUUAGCGGCUAAACUCGUGAGCAUGUGCUGGGAUGCAAAACUGAAAGCGGAGUUCCUGGUGAAUAAAAGGUUGAACAAGCACUUUGACCGUGCGAAAGAAUUCGGAAUCCCUUGGAUGGUGAUUGUCGGUGAACAAGAAAUCAAAAAAGGAACCGUCAGGUUGAAAAACAAGGAUGCCAAUGUUGAGAAAGAGUGCGCUACAAGCAAUUUCGUUGAUGAGCUCAUCGGACUUAUGAACAACCAGGUAGCUCAAUAAAGAUAAUGAAGUAACUGUUUUCAAUUGGUUUUAUAUAUUUGAUAGAGUGGUCAACUUGUUUCUUUUGAACCAUGUAUUUAGUCAAAUGUUGCAUUUUAUUUGAAAUGUAAGGAUUAUAUUUGAUGACA